GAAGAGAGCUUGGACUGAAGCUGAAGCUGAAGCAACCUUAUCCCUUGCCCGCCUCCCUCCCGAGCCCUUCCGCCUCCACCGGGUAAUUCCGCUAGACAGCAGAGGAUGCUGCUCAGCUCCCCCUUCGUCUCCCCACUGCAGCUCCAGCCUAUCGCUCAUGGCAGGGCGGGAAGGCCGUCGGCGCUGAGGAUCGAGGCGGCCAAGCAGCUGACGGGUCGGGUCGUGACGACCAAGGCGAACAAGACGGUGGGGGUGGAGGUGGUGCGCCUGGCGCCGCACCCCAAAUACAAGCGCCGGGAGCGCAUCAAGAAGAAGUACCAGGCGCACGACCCGGACAACCAGUUCAAGGUCGGCGACAUCGUCGAGCUCUGCCGCUCCCGCCCCAUCUCCAAGACCAAGCACUUCCUCGCCGUCCCGCUCCCGCCCCGCGACACCCGCCGCAAGUCGCAGCUCCUCCCGCCACUCCAGUCCCAGGCCGACGACACCACCGCAACCCAGGAGCAGACGCCGCCGCCGCCGCCGUCCGAGUGACCUUCCUCCUGGAAUCCAUGUCAUCAUAUCGGCUCUUGUGUUCACAUAUGCUUUGCUUCCCAAUGUUUCCCUUCUUCCUUUCUUGUCCCCGCCACCAGCCGGAAUGAACUAGUAUAAUUUCGGUUUGCAAUUUUUCACUAGUAUACAUUCCCAUUUCAAUUUCAUUUCUUCCAAGAUGAACGUGUGCUUGUAUCAUGUAAUCUAGUGUUCGAAUUCUUUC